AUGGCUCCCGGUGGAAUCAGGGUCCUCAACGUUGCUGAGAAGCCCUCUGUGGCCCGAGAGAUUACUAGCCAACUCGGUGGUGGCGGAGUUUCGCGUCGCAACAGCCAUGGAGUCCCGGUCACCGAGUUUCCCUACACGCUACGGCAAACGCAAUGCCGCAUGGUCGUCACAGCGGUCCGGGGACACCUGCUUGAAACGCAGUUUCCAGCAGAAUACAGUGUGUGGAAGGCACACAAUCCCUCCAUCCUCUUCCAGGUGCCGGUGCAGCGAAGAGUUUCCGCCGACAACAAGAGCCUGGAGCUCAUGCUCACGGACCUGGCGCGGCAGUGCCAGUGGCUCGUGCUGUGGCUGGACUGCGACAGGGAGGGCGAGGCCAUCGCUUUCGAGGUGCUGGAGACGUGCCAGCGAGCAGCAGGCGGCCGGCUACAGGUCUUCAGGGCAGUUUUCUCGGCACUGACGAGGCAAGAUCUCGUUCGUGCUUGCCAGACCCUGCGAGAUCCAGACCAGCGAUUGGCAGAUGCAGUCGAGGCACGUCAGCAUUUUGAUCUGCGGGCGGGAUCGGCCUUUACGCGUUGGAUGAGCCUACGGUACCAGAACAUGUUCCCAGAGCUUUGCCAGCAGCCGCUGAGUUAUGGCCCGUGCCAGUUCCCCACCCUGGGCUUUGUCGUCGAACGAUUUCUGCGCAUUCAGCGUUUCGUCUCCGAGCCUUUCUGGUCCAUCAAGGCUGAGGUGCAGAAGGACGGCCACAGUGUGCGCUUCAACUGGCGUCGGGGCCGCCUCUUCGACCGUUUGGCGGUUCUGGCGCUCUAUGAGCUGGUUGUGGAAGAGGCACCUCGAGGGGCCCUCGUCACGCGAAUUGCGGAAGAGCCGAAGAGCCGAUGGCGGCCGCUGCCCCUAAACACCGUGCAGAUGACGAAGCUCGCGACCUCGAAACUUCACAUGGCGUCAGCUCGAUGCAUGCAAGUUGCGGAGGAGUUGUACCAAGGAGGCUUCAUCUCCUACCCUCGCACGGAGACGGAUCGUUUUCAGAAAACGAUCGAUGUCUUCGGGCUGGUGCAGACGCAGGUUCCAUCCAGCGCGUGGGGGAACUUCGCCAGGAGCCUGGUGGACGGGCGCUUCACGGAGCCAAGAGCUGGCUCCAAUGAUGACCAUGCGCAUCCGCCGAUACACCCGGUUCGCUGUGGCGAGCGUGGGCAAUUCACUGACGAGUCAUGGCGCGUUUAUGAGCUCAUCACCCGACACUUUUUGGCAUGUUGUGCCCCCGACGCGCGAGGGAACCGAACAGAGGUGGAAAUAUCGAUCGCAGAGGAAGAAUUUGCAACCUCCGGAGAUAUUGUGCUUGACCGCGGCUGGUUGGAUGUUUAUCCUUACUCGAAUUGGGUCAACGACCCGCUCCCUCCGUUUCGAAACCACGAGGUGGUGGCCUUCUCAUUGUUGGAGAUGGCGGAAUCUAGGACUCAGGCACCUCCGCUGCUCAGCGAGGCAGACCUGAUUUCCUUGAUGGAUCGUGAGAAAAUUGGGACGGACGCAACGAUGCAUGACCACAUUCAGAAGAUACAAACCCGGACCUACGCCCUGAAGAAUGCAGAAGGCCGGCUUGAGCCUUCGAGGUUAGGACUCGCCCUGGUUCAGGGCUACCAAAGGUUUGCGGCGGAAGAGGGCAUGGACCUGUCCAAGCCGAUCCUGCGGGCCCGCAUGGAGCGUGGGAUGGAAGCAGUGGCCGCAGGCCGACAAAGGAAGGAAGACUUCCUGCGUGAGGCUUUGGACAUCGCACAGCGAUGCUAUGCUGCUCUGGAGCGCAACGCCCCAGCCUUGGACCAUACGCUGGGCCAGCACUUCUCGAGUCAACUGGAUGUGGGGCGACGUGCGCAAGUGGUGCAGGCGGCCUUUUCCAUGUGUCGCUGUGGUGCGAGCAUGGAGCUGCGCCGCCACGUUCCGGGAGGUCCUCCUGGAGGAGGCGGAGCAGUGGGCCGUGCUAUGGUCCGUGGCCGUGGGCCCGUGCAGAGGGGCCGAGCUGCUGUGGCUCGACAAGAGCUGUUCCUCGUUUGUCCUAACGGCGCUUGUGGCGUCGUUCUGCGCCUCAGCUUGCGCAGUGACCAGACCCCUACAGCGUAUGGACACAUGUGCCCAAUCUGUGACUUCCAAGUCCUGAACAUCAAGAACGAGGAGACGCAGCGCAACCAUCAGCUCUGUCCUCACUGCUUCAACUACGUCCCUCAAGAUCUUCACCCCGGUCAGACGGAGCUUCGCUGUUUUCAGUGUGUGCAUCCGAGUUGCUUGCUCGCAGUUGACGCAGUCUCUACCUUCCGUGCCCCCAGCCUUACGUCCUUCAUCGUCCUUCUUGGCUUCAUGACACCACAGGCUUCUGAGAUUCUGGCUUACCUUCGGAUCUGGGUGAUGAAGGGCAGCGACAGAUCGGCCCAAGAAAAGGAUGUCUUGCCAAGGCCGGAGCAGCUCAUCGAGGCCGGAGCAGAUGGUGACUACGAGUUCAUCAGACUCUGCGUUGAAGCUGGAGUUCCAUUGGACAUCUUCAACGAGCGUGGAGUCACGCCGCUGAUCUCGGCAACCGUCAACAACAAGGUGGCAAGCGCGAGGCUCUUGCUUGAGUCUGGGGCUGAUCCGUCCAUGCAGGACAUCAAUGGUGCAACCUGUGCUCACUAUGCUAUUGAACUGCGCCGCUUCCAGAUUUUGGAUGCGGCUCUGGAAGCCAUGAGCCGCCGACGAAGUUGGGUGGCAAUUUACAUCAAGGACGCGCGAGGCUACAACGUCCUCGACUACGCUCGCCUGCCGGAUCACGACGAGAGUCUUCGCCUUCUGAAGUUACGUUUGGGUGGACCACUGGGCUUUGUAUGGGCAGUAACAGAGAGCAUGGUUCACAAUGCAAUGAUCAAGAUGCCGAAGGGCGAGCAAAAUAAGCGAGGCUUGGCAAAACACGUGGCCAAGCUUGCCGCUGAGAGGGCGGCUGCAAAGGUGAAGGAAAAGAUCCAGCAGACCAAAGAAAAGGCGCGCGAGAAGCUGCUCGGUGGCUGGUUGUGCUCCUAUUGCAGCGAGGCGAAGAUCUCCGAGAAGAAGCUCUCGGAGACGAUUCACAUGGACAUGCCCGAUUCAGACGAAGAGGAUGAGGAUGUUUCGGAAGGGAAUCCUGCAACCAUGGCGGGCAUGCAUGGAGUUGCAAUUGGGAGUGGGAUCGAACCUCGAUGGAAGCAUGACGAAGUUUUCAUUGGCAAAAUGGAGAAGGGCGAGUCCAUAGAGAUCACCACCUGCUCCGAAGAUACUACCAAAGAGCAGCGGGAGAUCCUGCAGGAGCGCCAGCUCAUAAGCAAUCCGCUGAAAGCAUGUCUGCGAUCCUGUGUCGACUCCCUGAAUGGUGUCGUGGAUGAUAGCGCCACACCGAAGGCAAAGCCGAGGAGGCCGCGGAGAGAGCAGACCAUGCUGGACAAAAUGAGCAAGAUCGUGACGAUCCUCCAGUGGGUGCCAGAGCUGACCUUCCACAAGGUUCGUGCUGACCUCGUGGCUGGUCUGACGGUCGGUGUGAUGGUGAUUCCGCAGAGCAUGUCGUACGGAGCAAUCGCAGGGCUUCCAUACAUCAACGGCAUGUACUCGGCUUGCGUGCCCACGCUCGUUUAUGCCUUGUUUGGCCAGAGCCGACAGCUGGCCGUGGGUCCCGUGGCCAUGGUGUCGCUGCUCAUCGAAGCGGGCCUCAACGGAAGCCUCGGGCCGGAGUGUAACGUUCCCGGCAAGGCACAGUACGAGGUUUGCACCAGCGAAUACGUUGGCCUGGCUUGCCUUGCAGCUGCGCUGGUCGGUGCGAUGCAGGUAGUGGCGAGCAUUCUGAAGCUGGGUUUUCUGGUCACAUUUCUCGGCCAUCCAGUCAUCAGUGGAUUUACCAGUGGUGCCGCCAUCAUCAUCGGCCUCAGCCAGCUGAAGUACAUGCUGGGCUACGACAUUCCAAAGUCCCAGUACAUCUACGACACAAUCAUCAAUGUGGCCAUGAACAUCCAGGAAACGAAGCCGAUGCCCCUGCUGUUGGGAGUCCUUUGGUUGGCCUACUUGAUUAGCAACAAGCAAAUUGCAGGAAGGUACCGACGGCUGAAGAUGCUGGCUCCUAUGGGCCCCUUAAUCAGCUGCGUCGCUGGAACCGUGCUGAUCUGGGCGUGGCCGGAUAUGAGCGAAAAGUACCACGUCAAGUACGUUGGGGAGAUUCCCUCAGGCUUGUUUCCAAUAAGUAUCGGCAGCUGGCAACUAGACAAGAUCCCCACCGUCGUCGGAACUGCCAUGUCUGCAUGCUUGAUCGGCUACAUGGAGUCUAUUGCCAUUGGGAAGAAUUUGGCAGCUACCAAUGGCUAUGAGAUCGAGGCCUACUUCUUGCGUGUUCCGGCCUGCCGAGUUGUCAUAGUGACAGUCCAGAAGCUUUUCUUUUUCUAUGACCGCAACUUCGUGCCCCUGCGAGAUCAGAUGGUGGCCUCUCUGGAACAGAGUGGAGGGCUCGCAGACUUCACUUUGUGCGAGGAUGUGCUCGAUGACCUGAAAGGCAACAAUCGAGCCGGCGGCGGCAUGCCGACGUAUUUGUACAAGUCCGCCAAGAUCGGAAAAGCCCUCAAUGAGGUGGAUGCCGAUGAAAUCUUCCUGUUCACAGACGUCGAUGUUCAGUACUUUCAUCCUGUGCAUGAAAUUGUCAGGGAGUGCAUGGCAGACGGCAGAGGUUGCAUGGCCUCCAAGCACGUUCGACCGUGGAAGGAGUUCGAAGACAUCGGAGUAAACAUCGGUUUCAUGGCCAUGCGAAAAAGCGCAGCAUGUCAGGCGUUUUGGGAGUUUGUGCAUGCUGAGAUCAGCCGCACCCAGGCACUGGACCAGAGGGUUGUGAACAACAGCCUCUAUUCAGGCCAUGCAGUCGAGACUUUCGGUCUGCGAUGGAAGAGAUGGCCCAGUAGCAUUUGGGCCUCGUCUAUGGCCUUCUGUGGCCCACUUCCGCAGCCGCUGGUGGUCCACCAUGCCAACUUCCUCAUCGAAAAGGCCCCGGCAGCUGAUCCGUCAUCUAAGGUGGCUCAGCUGACGCAGCUGCGUCAAGCCACGCUAGGAGACGACAAGGAGGCUCAGGCGGCCUGGGCGGAGUUCAUGCAGGGAGCGAGGACUUGCCCGGCCAUGCUGGACUACCGCAGCCGCCACUUCGGGGAGCGUCGCCCCGGACCGGAGUGGUCCACACUGCCUGAGAACCACAUUGCUCGGCUCGGUGGCUACAGCGAGAGGGCAGCGAAAAGGGCCGCAGCUGUCAAAGGAGCCCCCGAAGAUCCUGACGCCAGAACCGCUUGA